ACAUUUGUGGCUUCCAUCCUUUGCAUGCAUCCAGAUGAAAUGUAUGAGACUGAAAUACUGAAUUUCAUUAUUAAAGAGAAAAGAGAGAUCCAUUUGAGGAGGGACCUUUGGGACAGACUUCCAAACAGUAAUGGAAAAGUGGGAUAGACUUCCCAAUAAGCAAGAGGAGAACUGUGCUUCAGAUGGUUACUUUGAUUCAGUGAGAUUUGAUGCCAGAACCAUGACAACGAAACUUCCAGAAAAUAUUCCCAGUGUCUUUGGUUUGCAAGAAAAGCUGAAGUCACAGAAAAUUGCACUGGUUGGGCUUUAUCUACUUAUGUUUGGGGUUUUGAUCCCAAUCACUGGAUUUGUUACAGCUCAGGUUCUGAGAUGGGGAGUGCUGAAUCAGAAUUCUGCGUUAGGAUUCCCGGGGAAAGGAAACAACUACGAAGCUGAGAUGAGAUUGAAAAAAAUGGUGUCUGGUCUCAAUGAUACUUUAGAAAAGGAGAUUCAACAGAUGUCUGAUUUAGAAGCAAAUCUCCAAUCCAUCAUCUCUGCUAUCCAUACUCAAAAAGAAUCGAUAGCUGUUGUUACCAACACUUUAGCAGAUGUGAACACCACUUUGCUUGGAAUUCAGCUUAAAAUAGAGAAUUGGAAAAGCACCUAUCAAGGGAUCAUUCACAAACAACAGGAGGAGACUGAAAGUCUGAAGGAGCACAUGUUCAAUGUGUCAGCAGAAAUUGUGACUUUGAAAAAACAGCAAGUCCAUCUGAAAGAGGAAAUAAAAGAAGAAAUGAAACUUUUGGCUAACAUCACAAAUGACCUUAGACUAAAGAACUGGGAGCAUUCACUGACACUGAGAAAUAUAACAUUAAUUCAAGGCCCUCCUGGACCAAAAGGUGAACGAGGAGACAGAGGCUUCAAAGGAGAUAUAGGUGUUCCUGGCAUCAUUGGCCCAAGAGGUCUUCCAGGUCUAAAGGGUGACAGGGGAAUGAUGGGCCCCCAAGGAAACAGAGGAAAUCCUGGAAUCCCAGGGAUCAAGGGAAGACAAGGUUUUCCUGGACAGAAAGGGCAAAAAGGAGAAAAGGGAGAGCAAAGACACUAUUCUCCAAUCAAAACUGUCCGACUUGUGGGUGGCAGCCAGCCCAAUGAGGGUCGAGUAGAGAUUUUCCAUAAUGGACAUUGGGGCACUGUCUGUGAUGACCGUUGGGAAUUGAGAAAUGGAUUGGUUGUCUGUAAGAGUUUGGGCUACUCCGGGGUUGAAAAGGUGCAUAAGGAUGCCUACUUUGGAAGUGGUACUGGUGUCAUCUGGAUGAAUGAAGUCCUCUGCUUUGGAAAAGAACGGUCUCUAGAGCAAUGUUUAUUCAAAGGCUGGGGUGUGACGAACUGCAAUCACAAUGAGGAUGCUGGGGUCACCUGCAAGGUGUGACAUCAUCUUCUUCCUAUUAAAUUGAGCACAAGGGCCUCUCUCAAGGCACUCCAUUUCCAAUUGGAUAUGAAAAUCUAUCUUGUCAGUGUCACAUUUCAUAGCCAUGUAGGGCAUUGACUGAAGAAGUUUUUCCUGAAGAUUCUUAGUGGAUGGUUUUGUCAUUUGCCACUGGAUCCUUUUAACAUCCCUGGCACUGGUCUGUGACCUACUUAUUUAAGAUAACCAUCUAGAUUUUUAAGGGCAUGUAAUUGACUCUUCUAGUUGAAUAGUGAGUGGAACUUCUUACAGGCAUGAUCUUAUUUGGUUUUGCCUUUCUAUCCCCAGAACCAAAGAUAGGACACUGCAAAUAGUAAGGAUUCAGUAAAUAUUUAAGUCAAAUAUGAACUCCAUAGGGGAGGGACUAUUUUUUUGCCUGUCUUUGUACCUUCAAUACUUAGCACAGUGCUUGGCAAAUAGUAGAUACUUAAAUGUUAAGUGACUGUGGCCAAAGCUAUUUCUCCCUUGUGACUAAUUGCAAAUGAUCCUCUCUGACUUGGAACUGUUACCCAAACUGACUGAUUAACUAGUACAGAUGAUAGAAAUUAUCAUCAACCUCCAGUUUAUCAAACACCCUAAUCAUUUCCCUAGUACUUUGGCCACUGUAAAAGACUUUGUUAUCUCCAUCUUACAUAUUAGAAAAUAAAGCUCAAGGAGAGCAACUGACUCACUCAUGGAAACACCAACUAAAUAUCAGAUGGACUAAAGGCCUAAAUCUCAUUUCAUUGAAUUAUAUUCUAAUGAUUUCUUCAAACCCAAUUUUCUGGUUUUGCUGACCUGAAUCAUCAAGAGAUUGGGGUAUGUUUUGGUUUUGCCCAUUCCACUAAAUCUUCCUAAUCAUUCAUCCUAGAAAAAAAAAAAAAGAAGCAGAACCAACAUAGUGGAGUACAGGCAACAACUCAGCUGAAUUCUCCCAAAAUUUCCAUUCAAAAAUUUAAAAAGUAACUCUUCAAAUCAAAUUUUGAAAUGGUAGAGACAACAAAAGGCCAGAGGAAGACAUUUUCCACCCUAUGGCAACUUAGCAGAUCAACAGGAGAACUCUAUGACAUUGGGGUAGAGAUCUGUCCAGAAUAUAUUCACAGGGUGACAAUAUUAAUAACAGACCUUGGAUGUGGUGGCAGCAGAGAUAGUGAGGAAAUUGGACAAUUGAACUGAUCAAAAUGAGAUUACAGGGGACCCUUUGCUGGCACUGAGUACAGCUCACACUAUUGUCCCAGUAUCUUAGGAUGUGAGUCUAUUAUGUUGAAAUUAUCUUAAAAAAAAUUAAGGGGUGAAAAAAAGGUAUUCUCUGGAAGAAAAUGGAGAAAUAGACUGGAAUUUCUACAUAAAAGAAACAUGCAGGGAAAUGUUUUGUUUUGUUUUGUUUUUUUACAAUGGAGGGGGAAAUGAGAGAGGUGAGAAAUAUUUAAACCUCACUUUCAUUGAAAUUAGCUCUAAGAAAGAAGAAUACAAACACACAUAUUUAGUUGGGUAUAAAAAUCUGAUUUGGGAGGGAAAUAUGAAGGGAAGGGGUUAAAAAAUACCAAGGGGAUAAUAUAAGAGAGGGCAGAUUAAAAGAGGUGGUGGUCAGAGACAAAAGAAAUUUUUGAAGAGGGAUAGGACAAAAAGAAAGGGAAGGAUAAACAGAAGAAAAUAUGAUGGAAGCAAAUAUACAAUUAAUAAUCAUAACUGUGCAUGUGAAUGAAGUGAACUCACCCAUAAAAUAGAAGGGUGUAAUAGAAUCCAGCAAUACAUUACUUAUAAGAGACAUUCUUGACACAGAAAAACAGAGUUGAAAGACUGGGGCAGAAUCUAUUAUGUUUCAGCUGAAGUUAAAAAAAAAAAAGGCAGGAGUACUAAUCAUGAUCUCAGGCAAAUCAAAAACAAAAGAACCUAAUUAAAAGAGAUAAUGAGGGAAAUGGCAUUUUGCUAAAAGAUAAAAUUAUAAUUUUUUACAAGUUUCUCUGAUAAAGAUCUCAUUUAUCAAAUAUAGGAAACUGAGUUAAAUGUAUAAAAAUAAGAGCCAUUUUCCAAUUGAUGUAUGGUCAAAAGAUUUGAACAGGCAGCUUUCAGAAGAAGAAAUCAAAACUGUCUAUACUAAUGUAAGAUUUUCUAAAUCACUAUUGAUUAGAGAAAUGCAAAUUAAAACAAUUCUGAGGUACCACAUCACAUCUAUCAGAAAUGAUAAAUGCCAGAGGGGUUGAGAAAAAAAAUUAGGUACAUUAAUAAGCUUCUGGUGGAGCUGUGAACUAGUCCAAUCAUUCUAGAGAACAAUUUGGAACUAUUCCCAGAGGAUUAUAAAAUUGUAUAUACCACUACUAGGUCCAUAAUCUAAAGAGAUCAAAGAAAAAGGAAAAGAAUCCAUAUUCAAAAAUAUUUAAAGCAGUUCUUUUUGUGGUAGUAAAGAAUUAGAAAUUGAGGGAAUGCUUCUUAAUAGGGAAAUAGUCAAACAAGUUGUGCCCUAUAAUUGUGCCAUUAGAAAUAGCAAGAGAAAUAAUUUCCAGAAAAAAACAAAAAAAGGUGGCAGGGAAACAUAGAUGAACUGAUGUAAAGUGAAUUGAGAAGAAUUGGGACAUCACUAUGCAUAGGUAGUUAUGUUGUAAUAAAUCAACUACAUAAUAAUGUUGGAAUAAAGUUGUUAUUGUUGCAAUAAUGUUGUAAUAUUAUAAUGAUCAACUGCGAAAGACCUGAAACUCUGAUCAAUACAAUACUCCAAGACACUUCCAAAGGACUCAUAAUGAAAAAUGCUAUCCACUUCUGGAGAGAGAACUGAUGAAGUCUAAAUGUAAAUUUAAGCAUAAAUUUCUUGCUUUUUGUUGCUUUUUUAUGAUAUGGCUAACACAGAAAUGUGUUUUCUAUGUUUUACUAUGUAUUUAAUAUCCUUUCCCUUGCCUUCUCAGUGGGAAGGGGAGAAGAAAGAGGGGAGGAAGAGCAUUUAGAAUUUAAAAUUUGAAAAGAAAAAAUGUCAAAAACAACCAAAAAAUUAUUGUUUGAAAAUAUUAAAGGAAAAGCAGUUUAUAGAGGCUGGAAUCUAAGUCUAUCUGUUCACAGUUUUCAACCAUUAGGAAAAUUUUAAUAUGAUUUAGAUAAAUUACCAAAAACCUCUAACA